AUGAUUCUUUCUAGUUGGGCAUAUAAAUGCUUUAAGGCCGGAAAAUUAUACAAGCUUGUAGAAGAUGACGAACAAAAUGUGGAUUUGAAGACACUAGAAAGAAUGGUAAAAGUGGGACUCUGGUGUGUUCAGGACGACCCAGCUCUGCGUCCCCUCAUGAAGAACGUAAUCUUGAUGUUGGAAGGGACAACGGAUAUACCAGUCCCUCCAUCUCCAGAGCUUCGCCAAGCCUGUUGA